UCAUAAAUCAAUUCGUUCUAUUACUACAUUCACUUCUUUUCUAAUAUACAAAAAUAUAAUAAUAAUGGCGUUCAAAUCAGUAUUGUUUAUGUGUGCUCAAGCUCUUCUGGUCCAGUGCGUCUUCGGUCAAGUUGCCUAUAAUACGUUAAUACCCGCCGCUCCUCUCUCUGCAGUCGGCAACUCAGGAGUAGAGAAUACCAUCGUAGUUAAUAGUGGCGCCAAUCCUCUUGGCAACCUUGGACUUGCCGCAAAUGGAGCCGCAAACGGAGUAGGACUCAACACAAAUGGAGUUGGAGUCGCCACGAACGGAGCUGGACUUACCGCUAACGGAGUCGGACUCGCCGCAAAUGGAGUUGGACUCGCCGCAAAUGGAGUCGGCCUCGCCGCAAAUGGAGUCGGACUCGCCGCAAAUGGAGCUGGACUAGCAGCGAACGGAGUAGGACUCGCCGCAAAUGGAGCUGGACUCGCCGCUAACGGAGUGGGACUCACCGUAAAUGGAGCUGGACUUGCCGCAAAUGGAGCUGGACUCGCCGCUAACGGAGUGGGAUUCGCCUCACUAGGAGCUAACACUGGGGCCGUUCUGAAUGCUGCCAAUCCAAACUACCUCAACGUGGCUUCUGUAUCAGGUGGUGGCGUACUGCCUGUCACUUCUUACAGCCCUAUUGCGCCAGCUGGUCUGACAGUCCUUUCUGACAACGUCAUUGAGGGAACACUGUUUGUGAGUGGUGACUUGCCAUUCCUAAGUGCAGUGGCUUUCGAAGGUGGUUUAGCUACGGCAGGAUCAGGCGCUGCCUCGUGCGGCUGUGGUGAUGGAAGCGUAGGUAUUGUUAGUGAGAAUGCUGGUGCGGGUCUUGGAUUGGCAGGUCUCGGUGGGAUCAAUAACCUCGGCGGACUAAGAGGUCUUGGCCGUGGUGGUUUAGUUUUGUAAUUUAUGUAUCUUAGUAGUUAUAGAGACAGAUAAUAAAUUAAUUGUGUUUUAACAAGAAAUUGUAGUUUUAAUGUAAUAUUUUUUGAUGUAGUGUCUUUCCUCAGUCGCCAUAUUUAUCCAU